CAUUUUGGAGGCAGAAAUGCCUGGGAAAGGCCCACAGAUAAAACGGUCAUCCCUAGUGCCAAAAGGGAACGGAAAGCGAUUACCCUCGGCCUCAAAUUGGAAGUGUUACGGCGAUUCGAAGCGGGUGAGACUCAGAUCGCAAAGGCCUUAGGUCUUGCUGUCCCUACAGUGGCGACCAUCUGAGAUAGUAAAGAAAAAAUCAAAGCGAGUUCACAAAUAGCUACUCCUUUGAGAGCCUCACGGUUGACUCGCCAUCGAAGUGCAGUGAUGGAGAGUGUGGAGCGGCUGCUGAGCUUGUGGCUGGAAGACCAGAGGCAGCGAAAUGCGCCCUUGAACGCCGCCAUCGUUCAGAAGGCUAAGUUCGAUGACUUACAGCGUGAACAUGGCGAAAGCUCUCAAGCGGAGAGGUUUCCUAUGAGUAAAGGGUGGCUUGUGAGAUUCAAGGAGCGCCACUGUUUGCCCCACUUCAAGUUGAACAGCGCAACUCCCGGCAACAAGAACAUGUACACAGAAAUGCUGAAAAGCGUCAUCAUCGAAGAAGGUGAGUCCGCCCCCGGGCGUCUUUAACGUAGAUGAGACAGGACUUGAUUGGAAGAGAAUGCCCGAAGAAACGUUCACUUCCGAGGAAGAGAAUGCUGAGCCAGGGGUUAAGUCAUCCAAAGAUCGCUUGAUGCUGCUGCUUGGUGGCAGUGCCGCUGGGGACUUUAAGUUGAAGCCCUUACUGGUGUACCGCUCGGAAACCCCCAGGGCUCUGAAGGGUACUUGAAGCCCAAUUUGCCCGUGAUUUGGCGCUCCAACAGAAAAGCUUGGGGGACCAGGAGCGUCUUUCAUGAAUGGUUCGCUUACUUUUUUUGCCCUGCGGUUGAAAAAUACUGUGCCCAAAAUAAUCUCACCAACAAAGCAUUGCUCAUACUAGACAAUGCGUCAUGCUACCCUGUAAAUUUGAGCGAUCUUUCUGAUAACAUAAGAGUAUAAUACAUUCAUGACGGUACAACUGACUCAAUCCAGCCCAUGUGUCAAGGUGUAGCCUCUGCCUUCAAAGCUCACUGAGAAGGACUUUUGAGCACAUCCUAGAAGCAACAGAUGGUGAGGAUACAGCUAUGAUCAGGGAAUUUUGGAGAAACUACAGCAUCAUGGAUGCUGUGGACAACACUGCCGUACUUGGGAGGAGCUCAAACCAGCGAUAAUGAACAGCGUGUGGGAGAAGAUUUGGCCUGAGUGUGUUCAGGCCCAGCAUUUUUCCCAGGCAGAUAACAUUGCACAGCUUAAAAAAAACAUUGUGACCCUUGCCAGAAAUGUGGCCUUUGAAGAGGUUGCUGAGGCUGCUGUGGACCAGUUGCUGCAGUCCCAUGAAGAUCUCUCAAAUGAGGAACUAAUGCAGCUGGAAUAGGAGCUGGCAGUGGGGGAGGAGGAGAGGGAAGAUGGUCCCUGGGCACUGCGGCAGCUAACCACAGGAAGACUGUCAGCAGCCCUCUCACAUUUCGAGGCUGGCUUGCAGGUCCUUGCUAGUAACAGCCCUAAUGAUGAAAACUCAGUUUCCAGAGCAACCAAUGAUGCAAUAAACUGCUACCAGAAGCUGUACAAUGAGAAAAAGCACUGCUCAAAACGACUAUCUUAGGUCAUUUUUCAAUGUGUGUAACCAAAAGUUAAUCAGAAUAAAGCAGAAGCACCAUGAUGACCUCAGCAGUGGAGACCCAGGCAGGCCUCUCUGCUCUGUGGUGUUCAACAUCCCUGGAAACCUUGCUGUUGGUAUUUCCAUUUUGAUGCUUGAGAGUAUCAAAUUUUGUCAUUAAAAUGUUAUUUAUUUAU